UUAAGCGCGGGCGGGUGAUCCUCUAGCUGCGCGUUGCCGGGCGGGAACCGCGGCGCGGCAGACGACCAGGCACGGAGCAGCGGGCGACAUGUUCCACGUUCCGGAGAGCGAGGGCGGCCGAGCCAGCUCCAGGAAACGCUAACUGCUGACCAGGCACCCACCUUUGCCAUCCUCUGAAGCAGACAGGGACUAUGGGCACCACAUGGAAGGCCUGCAAGUUGCACUCUUGGCUUCUGUGGGGAACAGCUGGCCUGCUGGUCUCCCCAGGCCGGGGCUGGCAUGUCUGCCCUGUAGAGCAGACGAGUGCUUUCUGCAGUCCUGCUUUACAGCCAUGGAAUCUCAGAGCUGUUCACUUUAAAUUGCAGUGAAUGAUUAGCUCCCAUUCUAGCUCUUUUGAGGAAACAUUUAAAUAUCCUAUUUUUGUGAACUAAAUCUGUGACCGCGUUUAUAUAGCUUUCCAGUGAGGACUCGCCUCGAAUCCGAGCAUUCAUGUGGUGGGGCAUGCAUCCCCCCGGAGGCGCAUCGAGUGAUCUUUUCGGAAGUCCAGACGAAGUUGUUCCUUCAAGUCGACCCAACAGGAUGGCAUCGAAUAUUUUUGGACCAACUGAAGAACCUCAGAACAUGCCUAAGAGGACCAACCCCCCAGGGGGAAAAGGAAGUGGUAUCUUUGAAGAAUCCAUGCCUGUGCACACUCGACAGCGUCUGAACCCGCCUGGUGGGAAGACCAGUGACAUUUUUGGGUCCCCAGUGACGGCUACUUUACCCUUGGCACAUCCCAACAAACCCAAGGACCAUGUGCUCUUGUGUGAAGGAGAAGACCAAAAAUUGGACCUUAAAGCUGCCAUGAGCACCUUGCCCAGAGAAGAGCCAGGUGAGAAAGGUGGCCCAAGAGAAGCAGACUCUGCCCAGGAGCCCCAGCCCACACCCACGGCUGACAACCAUGAGCCCAGGCUGGGCCCACGUCCUCGAUCUCACAACAAAGUCCUGAAUCCACCUGGAGGCAAAUCCAGCAUCUCCUUCUACUAGAGAAGCUAUUGCUUCCCCUGUAGCCAGAUAAGAAACUCGAGAGAUAGGAUUUCAAAUAUUAUAGUUUCCUUUAGCCCAAAGGAACGGGGGUGGGGAGAGGGUCUGUCGUGUAUCUGAAGCCACUGCUCAGGCUCCCCUGCCACCACAAGAGCCACAGAGGACCUCACCUUCCAGACUGCCGAGAGACAUAUCUUUGUGGGGGGCUGUGACGCCGUGGUGAACAGUCCUACGUAAUUUUGGAGGAACUUCCAGAUGGGCUGGGUGGGGAGCUGGUGCAAGGCUACAGGGUUCCUGAUGAAGUGAGAUCUUCCAAGUCCUGGUUGCAUCGGUGACCUGCCAGCCAAUUGGGUAUCUAGGAAUCACUCCACACAGUAGCAGAGUUCAGAGCCUCAGAAAGAAAGCCAAAAACCAACUGUGCAUUGGGCAUAAGCCGAAACACUAGUCUCCAUUCUUGGGACUAUUGCUGCUAACCCGAGACGACCUUUGCACCCAGGCACAGAGUAUUCUGCAGUCUUUUCUUGAAACAUUUUGAGUGCUUUCCCUCGGCAGCUGUCAACAAAAACCAAAAAGUUUUCUCAGUCUUAGGCUUUAUGGAGAGAUUUUGUACCUUGAUCCUCUGGGGUGAUCUAUCUGCCUUUCACUCACAAUGGACUGGACUCAGUCUCUUCACAGACUGGUUUUGCUUAUGAAUUGUUUUGGGUGUUUUUUUCUCUCUCAUCCUUAAAUUUCAGUCUUAGCUCUUCAACACUAAUGUGGACAGUUAAUUUAUCUGCAAGGCCCGCUGACUUCUGUAAGACUAAAACUCUACCCAGAUACAUAAUUGGGUUAUUUAAA